GGCCCCGGCCUCCUCGCCGUGACCUGGGUCGAAGCUAGUCUCGGGCUCCUCCUGCUCGGCGCCCGCAUGUACACCCGAGCGAGGAUCGUGAGAAAGGUGGGAUGGGAUGAUUGGACCAUGGUCUUUGCCGCCGUAAGCUUCCAAGCCAUCGCAUGUGUACAGGUCCUGGCUAUCAUCACAUCGGUCGUCGUGACCAUGGAGGUGCACUACGGCGUGGGCAAGCACGCGGCGUACAUCGCGCCGCCGGACCUGAUCAAGGCGGUCGAGUGGAUCUGGAUCUCGGCGCCCUUCUCGACCAUGAGCGCGUGCUUCGGCAAGAUCUCCAUCGCGCUGCUCAUCAUGCGCAUGAUCAACCGCAACCGCGCCUUCUCGGCCUUUCUGUGGACGCUCAUCGUGCUGCUCUUCCUCAUCAACUUGUUCCUGACCGUCAUCACCUUCGCCCAGUGCACGCCCGUCACCUGGCUGUGGGACCAGCUGAACCCCUUCGCCGGCUACCAGGGCUCGUGCUGGGACCCGAAUAUUCAGAAGAAUUAUGGGUAUUUCCAGGGCGCAUUCUCGGCCUUCUCCGACCUGGUCCUCGCGCUCUUCCCGAUCCUCGUCAUCAAGGACCUCAAGAUCGACGCCAAGCUCAAGGUCGGGCUGUGCACGGUGAUGGGGCUGGGCAUCAUCGCGACAGUCGCAGCAAUCGUCAAGACGGUUGAGCUCAAGAACCUGUCGACGCCCGACUUCACGUACAACGCCAUCGUGCUCGUGUACUGGUACAUCACGGAGAACUGGGUCAUCGUCAUCGCGGCCUGCAUCCCUACGCUGGGCCCGCUGUACUUCAUCGUGACGGGCCAG